AUGGAUGGAACGCCAGGUUCCGCAGCCGCUGCGGCUGCUGUAGCGGGAACUGCUGUACCCAUGGCGAAGCUAUCCCGCCGGAUCGUGAAUACCGACGAACCCGUUAUUGUACAGAUGCGGGACCUCAUGACGCUCAACCCUGACGUCAUGUCGCUGGGCCAGGGCGUGGUGUACUGGUUACCACCUGACGCAGUCCUGGCAGCAGCGCAGGCAGCGGUGCAUGACCCUGUGAGCAGCGGGUACGGAGUGGACGAUGGCACCAAGGAGCUCAGAGCAGCGCUGGUGGAGAAAGUUAAGGCGGAGAAUGGACUCAUGGACUCGUCUAUCAUGGUCACUGCUGGGGCCAACCAGGCUUUUGUGAACGUGGUGCUGACGCUGUGUGACCCGGAUGAUUCAGUGGUCCUCUUCAAGCCGUUCUACUUCAACCACCAGAUGGCGUUUCAAAUGACUGGCGUGACUGACAUUGUGUACGGGCCAUGUGACUCCGACACCCUGCAUCCCAGCGUUGAUUGGCUGGAGGAUGCACUUUCUGGGAAGGAGGGCAGGAAGGUUCCUAAGGUGGUGGUGAUCACCAAUCCCAACAACCCCACCGGAACCUACGUUCCCGAGGACUUAUUGCGGAGAAUCUCCGCUAUAUGUGAGAAGGCUGGCUCCUGGCUGGUGCUUGAUAACACCUACGAGUACUUCGUGUACGAUGGUAACCGCCAUGUGUGUCUGGAGGGCCCUCACGUGCUCAACAUCUUCUCCUUCUCCAAGGCGUAUGGCAUGAUGGGGUGGCGCGUUGGCUAUAUUGCCUACCCCAAUUCCGCCCCUCGUCUCGGCCACUCUCUAAUCAAAGCCCAAGACACCAUCCCCAUUUGCGCCAAUCUCAUUGGCCAGCAAGCAGCCCUCGCCGCCCUCCAAUCCCCUUCCGCCGGGAAACCCUUCGUCGACCACCUUAUCCAAACACUAUCGCCGAACCUGGAGCAGGCGCGGGACGCCCUAGCUGUGCUCACAGGUCUGGGAGUUGGUGGGCGGGUGUGGGGCGGGGAGGGGGCGAUUUACCUUUGGGCGAAGCUUCCAGAAGGGUGUGAAGAUGAUGGGGCUGUGGUGAGGUGGCUGGUGAGUGAGCAUGGUGUGGUGGUUAUUCCAGGGAGUGCGAGCGGUGCACCCGGGCAUAUUAGGGUGUCUUUUGCGAACUUACCCGCGGAAAAGUACAAGGUUGCGGCGGGGAGGUUGAAGAAGGGGCUUCAAGAGCUGGUUGAGAAGGGGAUGAAGUUUCCUCUGAGUCAAUAG